CUCCAAGUUCAAGUGUAGUCAACAGCAACUUCAAAGCAAAAUUCAAUCUCAAAGCUCAGACUUAAAAGUCUAAAUCAUCCUUCUUUUCCCAAUUACAAAGACGUGUCUUUGGCACUUUGUUUCUCGCAAUGUCAUUCUUAAGGAACUUCUUUGGUACUUCCGCUGCUGCGGUGAAGGACGAGAAGAGCCCUAUUCGUGCUCUGCCCGCUUCCUGGUACACCUCCCAGAGCAUGUUUGAGCUUGAACGACGAUCUAUCUUUACCCGGAAAUGGCUUCUCACUACCCAUAAGCACCGUGUCCCCAACGCCGGUGACUGGGUUCGAUAUGAUGUCGUUGGCUAUGAAUUCGUCAUCCUCAAGGAUCAGGAAGGAAGCAUCAAAGCUUUCCUCAACAACGAUCUCUCCCCUUCUAUCCAUGUGCACAUUGACCGAAAUGGUUUCGUCUGGGUCAAUUUGGACGCUGGCGAGGUUCCCGAGGUUGCCUGGAAGGAUGACUUCGACGGUGUCGAUGAGCAGCCCCGGUUCGACCACUACAACUUCGAGGAUUAUACAUUCGACCACACCUGGGAUAUGGAGGGCGACUUUAACUGGAAGAUUCUGGCCGACAAUUAUAACGAGUGCUACCACUGUCAGGUCGCUCACCCUGACAUCCCCAAAAUCGCCGACCUCAACUCCUACUAUGUCAAGACCAAGGACGGCCACAUUCAACAUUACGGCGCGCAGCGACAAGACCAGAUUGAGAAGGGCUUCCGAAUUGCCACUACCUACUUCUGGCCUAAUGCCUCUUUCAACGUGUCUCCUAACUUCUUUUUCAUGCAGCGAUUUACUCCCAUCAGCCCAACCAAGUCAGUGAUGCGAUACGAAGUCUAUCGUCACAAGAACGCCAGUGACGAGGCCUUCAACCUCAUCAGCGACAUGUACAAACGAAUCAUGUCCGAGGACAAGUACCUCUGCAUUAACAGCCAGAAGAACCUCAACGCCGGCGUCUUUAUCAACGGCGAGCUUCACCCCGAGAUGGAGAAGGGUCCUCUGCAUUUCCAGAAAACUGUGCGUGAUGUCGUUAUGGAACAUCGCAAGAAGGAGCAGGCCGCCGACCACGAAAUCUGGCCCGCUGAACAAUGUCUUCCCAAGAACGCUACCGUCAGCCACGACAACAUCACUUUCCACACGGUUAUGGACGGCUGCAGCAUGGAGAAGGACAAUUUUAAUGAGCCCUUGAAAGGCAGUCUUGCUACGACAAUUGCUGUCUAGGGAGCUGGUGGUGAAAGGAUAAAGGGAGAAGG